GUCAUCAUUUAUCACAUAAAUUUGCGUUGUGGAAUUCGCUGCAUUUGGCGUGGAAAUCGUAAUACUUUUUACCGAAACUUUUAUAAUGUUUAUAGGAACAACUGAUACAGUUUCUAGAAUGACUGCCAAUGUACUAGUAAUUGGCAGUGGUGGUCGGGAACAUGCAUUGUCUUGGAAACUAACACAGUCACCUGAUGUGAAGCAUGUCUACAUCGCCCCUGGUAACGCUGGAACUAGCCAAUGCGGCAGCAAUAUUGACCUGGACAUUGCCAACUUUGCCAGUGUAGUCACCUGGUGUAAAGAGCACAGUGUUGACCUAGUGGUUGUGGGUCCUGAAGAUCCACUAUCCGCAGGGAUUGCAGACCAAUUGGCUCUGAAUGGUAUCAAGUGUUUUGGGCCCAGUGCAAAGGCAGCACAGAUUGAGGCCAGUAAAGAUUUCUCGAAGAAGUUCAUGGAGAGGCAUAGCAUCCCCACAGCCAGAUAUGGCAGCUUUACAGAUGUUGAUGCAGCAGAAAAGUUCAUCCAAGAGGCCGGCUUCCCAGCACUGGUUGUGAAGGCAAGUGGAUUAGCGGCAGGCAAAGGUGUCGUUGUGGCAACAAAUAGAGCAGAGGCGAAGGCAGCUGUGCAAGACUGUCUCAAGGCAAGGAAAUUUGGUUCAGCAGGAGAGACAGUAGUCGUAGAAGAACUUCUGAGCGGAGAGGAAGUCUCAGUGCUUGCGUUCACUGAUGGUGUGUCGAUAUGUUUGAUGCCCCCAGCCCAGGACCACAAGCGACUGCUGGACUGUGAUGAGGGGCCCAACACAGGGGGCAUGGGAGUAGUCUGUCCUUACCCAAAGCUAGGAUUCUCAGAUUUAAAACGAAUCAAAGAGGAGAUACUUCAAAAGACUGUGGAUGGAAUGAGAGAGGAAGGAGCACCUUAUGUUGGUGUCUUGUACGCUGGUCUGAUGUUGACUGAUGCAGGGCCCAAAGUGCUUGAGUUCAACUGUAGGUUUGGUGAUCCAGAGACCCAGGCGAUCCUGCCCCUAAUGAAGAGUGACCUCUACAGGACCUGCCUGGCCUGUGUGUCAGGCUCCCUACACCAGGACCCCCCACAGUUUGAGACUCAGAAGAAGACCGUUGCCGUGGUGAUGGUGUCUGGCGGCUACCCUGACAAGUACAAGAAAGGCUUGCCUAUUACAGGGCUAGACCAAGCCCAGAAUCUUGGAUUGACAGUGUUCCAAGCAGGCACGACCCUUGCAGAAGCGGGCCUGGUCACCAGUGGGGGGCGAGUGCUGGCGGUGGUGGCUACAGAGUCUGACUUUGAGACCGCCACCUCAGUGGCACAGAAGGGUGCAGCCAUGAUCAAGUUUGAGGGGGCCUUCCACAGAAAGGAUAUUGGCCUUAGAGUUGUGUCCAGGAACUUACACACCCCACCAUUGAGCUACAAGGACUCGGGCGUGGACAUCGUAGUGGGCGACAAACUUGUAGAGGCCAUUAAACCACUAGCAGAGUCAUCUAGCAGGCCAGGCUGUAUGGCAGGCCUGGGCAUGUUUGGUUCCCUGUUUGAUCUAAAGGCGGCUGGUUUCCAGGACCCCAUACUUGUGUCAGGCACAGAUGGAGUGGGAACCAAACUCAAGAUCGCAAAAGCAGUUGGGAACCACAAGACUAUUGGCAUCGACCUGGUGGCCAUGUGUGUGAACGAUAUCCUGGCACACGGGGCUGAACCCCUCUACUUUCUGGACUACUUUGCUACCGGGCACCUCAACGUGGCCCAGGCUAAGGAGGUCAUUGCAGGAAUCACUGACGGAUGCCGCAUGUCUGGUUGUGCUUUAGUAGGUGGUGAGACAGCAGAGAUGCCCGGCAUGUACCAGCCAGGGGACUAUGACCUUGCUGGCUUCGCAGUGGGUGCGGUAGAGCGUAAUAAGAUCUUACCCCGCGUACAGGACAUCGCGGAGGGUGACUCGGUGAUUGGCCUUGGAUCGAGCGGUCUCCACAGUAACGGGUUCAGUCUUGUGAGGAAACUGGUGGAGAAGCUGGAACUGCAGUACGAUAAGCCUUCACCCUUCAAGUCUGGCAAAUCUUUAGGCGAGGACUUGCUCACUCCAACCAAGAUCUAUGUGAGCUCUGUGCUACCGCUGAUGAAGAAUGGUGAUGUGAAAGCCUUCGCACACAUCACAGGGGGAGGUCUUGUGGAGAACAUUCCUCGCGUUAUGCCCGAGGGGCUUGGCGUGAAGCUGGACGCCACCUCUUGGCACAUGCACUCAGUCUUUGGUUGGCUGGCAGAGAAGGGCAACAUAGCUGACAGUGAGAUGGCUCGUACAUUCAACUGUGGGGUCGGUGCGGUGCUCAUAGUGGACGCGGCUCUGGCUGGGCCCAUCACUGAGAAGCUGCUGGAAAACGGGGAGGCUGCAUCUGUGAUUGGUCAUGUGGUCAAGCAAAUAGGGGAGAGGUGUGUGGUAAUUGACAAGCUGCAGUCUGCCCUGAUCCAGUCAUGGCGUCACAUCCCUGGGGUUAGCAGGAAGAAGAGAGUGGGUGUCCUCAUUUCUGGCUCAGGCACCAACAUGCAGGCCCUGAUAGACUUCACAAGGGACCCCCUCAACUUCAGUGCAGCAGAGAUAGUGCUGGUAAUCUCCAACAAGACCGGGGUGGAGGGACUGGUCAGAGCUGAGAAAGCUGGAAUUGCUUCAAAGGUGAUCAGUCACACUGGGUACAGCAGUCGUGAGGAGUUUGAUGAGGCCCUUCACCAGAGUCUGGAGGCAGCUGGUGUGGAGAUUGUGUGUCUGGCAGGCUUCAUGAGGAUACUGUCAGGUGGGUUUGUACAGAAGUGGACAGGACGUAUGCUGAAUAUCCACCCUUCCCUUCUACCUUCAUUCAAAGGGUCAGAUGCCCAUAAACAAGUCCUUAAAGCAGGAGUGAGGAUAUCUGGCUGCACCGUGCAUUUUGUUACAGAAGAGGUUGAUGAAGGGGCGAUUCUCCUGCAGGAGUCUGUUCCAGUGUACCAUGAUGACACUGAGAGCCGCCUGUCAGAGCGUGUCAAACAACAGGAACACAAGGCUUUCCCCAGGGCCCUCGAGCUGGUAGCCAGUGAGCAAGUGAAACUGGGAGCAAGCGGGAAGGUUGAGUGGUGUGUGUGAGUGAAGCUGGCAGCUUGUGAUACUGGGAGACAGUGGAGCAGAAGAAUGGAGUUGUGUGUGUGUGUGUGUGUGUGUGUGUGUGUGUGUGUGUGUGUGUGUGUGUGUGUGUGUGUGUGUGUGUGCGUGCGUGCGUGCGUGCGUGCGUGCGUGCGUGCGUGCGUGCGUGCGUGCCUGCGUGCGUGCGUGCGUGCGUGCGUGCGUUCGUGCGUGCGUGCGUGCGUGCGUGAAGCUGAGUGCCAGUGAGCAAAUGGAGCUGUUAGCCAGAAGGGUGAAGCUGGGAGCCAGAAAGGGUGGGUAUUAGUGAAGCUGGGAGCUAGAGAGGGUGUGUAAGAGUGCAGCUGGGAGCCAAAAGGGAUGUGUAUGAGUGAAGCGGGUGUGUAUGAGUGAAGCUGGGUGCCAGGAAAGGUGUGUAUGAGUGAAGCUGGCAGCCAGAAUGGGUGUGUAUGAGUGAAGCUGGGAGCCAGAAAGCAAGCCAGGGGGGGGGGGGAAGCGGAAUGGUGUUACUGAAAUUUGCUGCCAGUAAGAAGGUUGGGUUGUGUGUCUGUGAGUGAAGCUGGCAACCAGGGGAAUGUUGGAGAGGUAUGUUUUAUGAAGAAUGGGACCAGUGGAAGAGUUGAGUGGUGUUUGCAAGUGAAGAAUAGGACCAGUGGAAGAGUUGAGUGGUGUUUGCAAGUGAAGAAUGGGACCAGUGGAAGAGUUGAGGGGUGUUUGCAAGUGAAGAAUGGGACCAGUGGAAGAGUUGAGUGGUGUUUGCAAGUGAAGAAUGGGACCAGUGGAAGAGUUGAGGGGUGUUUGCAAGUGAAGAAUUGUACCAGUGGAAGAGUUUAGGGGUGUUUGCAAGUGAGGAAUGGGACCAGUGGAAGAGUUGAGUGGUGUUUUCAAGUGAAGAAUGGGACCAGUGGAAGAGUUGAGUGGUGUUUGCAAGUGAAGAAUGGGACCAGUGGAAGAGUUGAGGGGUGUUUGCAAGCGAAGCUGGGAGCAAUGCAGUGGGAUAUUGAAGCUGGCAAUGUUUGCGUGUUACUGAGAUUACUAUAUCACAAUACUGUUUUGUCUUACUUGUAUAAUAAACUGUUCAUUCUGCUUGUUUAUAUAUAUAUAUUAUAACAUGUUAUAUACAUGUAUAUUAUAUACAUGUAUAUAUAUAUAUAUGUAACUGAACAUAUGCAUUUCAAUUAUAUUACUCAUGAUUUGGUGCACUAAACUACUAUUGUACUGUAGUUAUAAACUCAAAUAACCUCAGGGAUAACCUCAACAGUUAUGUUUGAUUUAAAUUCAUAAACUGCAGGUCAAGUUACCUGCUGGUGUUCACAGUUGUUCACUGCUGCAAUCUUAUUGUCUUUUUUUAAUUGAUCUUCAAAUCAGUUUUAUAUAAAACUGAAACAAAUCAGUCUGAAAAGUAUCACAUAGUUUUUGUGAGACUCAGUUGGACGAAUAUGUGUAUGCUGAAUGUUGCUGUUGUUAAUGAAUUCAUGUAUAUAGGAAUAUACAAUUGUUGGUGAUUUAAAACAUCUGUCUGUUUAUUGACCAUAAUGGUUUGAAAUAAAUGGCGUUCAAGUUGAUCGCAGAUUGUGCAAUUUGCAAGGUUGCCUUUAUUCGCAGAAGGCCAGUGUUAUGUGUAUUGUUUUUAAGUGCUUUUAUUUUACGGUUUAUCAUUUGUUUUGAUGUUAUUGAAUAAAAAUACUGAUGUAUUAA